AUGACCUACGAUAAACAAAAUACUGGCAGUCUCGCCAAACCAUUUACACCCACCCUCAGCGCUACAUUUCAUCGGAGUAACAAGGCUCCGCUCACCCCAAAACUUGCAAGUCCAAAUCCAGGUCCAGGUUCAGGUCCAGGACUUCCGCGCCGCCUGGCACAUUCCGACCACCCCUAUUCCACCCCCUCCAAAGACGACUCCCCCGCGGUCCCGACCUUUCUAAGCGCCAAUAUCACUCCACGAUCUGGCCCUCGAACAACCCGGCGAGAUGGCGCAUUUUACUCCCCCACAAAUAUCUCACAUGCCCCGUCUCCCUCUCCACAUGCACCUUACUCCCAGUCAACAAUCGGUUACGGCCGUCGAGACCGCAGUCCGGCUCGCGGGAUCAAGCCGGAACAAUCCCGAAGUAUGAGGGCGAAGACCUUGACGGCAGAGAAUCAGCCUUUAUCACGUCCCGAUUCCUUCUCGGAUAUGACAUCGGGAACUCCGCUGUUCUUCUAUGCGUCCGAUGCACGAUCAUCUCAUCCUUCUGAGCCGCCAGAUGCCCCUCGCCCUAGGGCCCAGGGAAAAAUAUCCCCAGCCUCCAGCUUCAUAUAUGCAAACGGAGACCAAGAGCGAAAUUCACCAGGGGAACAGUCGAAUGGUACAUCCACUUCUGCCAAACGUCGAUCGAGCGGUAUUUCACGCCCUCUCCCCGCCAGCAAACCAACAUCUUCCUGCUCACGCCUGAGUUCUCCUGGUCUUUCAGAUGUGGCUUCACACCCGCCGGACGAUCUCAGGUUGCCAUAUAUCGUCAGCGCCGAGAAUGGACUAGGAAUUCCCCCCCGUUUUGGCUCACCAUCGUCCAGUUUAAUCGACGAGAAACCCAGACUGCAACCGAUCCGACAUACCAAGUCCUCAAGUGUCGACUCAGGUCUCCAUGGCAAUUAUUCACAAGAAAGCUUGCGAGCAAGUCCAUUCAUCCUAUCCGGGAGCUAUGUUGCUGAAGGAACAGCGUCCGUGAUGUCUGAACAGAUCAUCACCCUUCGCCCUCGGAUCUUAAGCAAUGUAUCCACCACCUCAACUGAUACUUACCCUUCGGCACCGCUCAGUCCCGGAAAAUCCGACGGUCCGAGCGAGGCAGCUCUCAAUGCGCGUACCGAGCGCAAGAUCAUGGACUUGGAAAUCAGUAACUCUUCACUACUAGCCAUCAAUCGUACCCUGGAGCGUGAAAUGCGGCAACAGAAAGCAGAGCUUCGGCGGUUCCGGCGACUGAGCCGAUCGGGGCGGAUUUCAAUGGCACCUUCCACCCGUUCCUCCGGAGCGGCACUAUCAGUAACUAGUGAACUGGAUGAAGGUGGAAGCGAGAUCCCCAACCAGUCACAAGAUGAUAUGUCCGACAUCAGCGACGAGGAUUCAACAGCGGACGAAAGCAUCUCGAGUCCAGGCUCGCUGGUCGAGCAUGAUUCCAAGCACCGUGUCAGUGAUGAAAAACACGUCAUGCUCGACUUGGCGCGACAUCAGGAGGUGUUGGUGGACAGCCAGAGAAUGAACCGAAGCCUCAAGCGCUGUCUCGGAUGGACCGAAGAACUCAUAAAGGAAGGACAGAGAGCCCUUGAGUACAAUGUCCACGUUCAAGACGUUGAGCUGGGUGGCCGAGUUCUAGCGCCUGAAGAGUUGGGUGAAGUUGCUGAGAGUGGCCGUGGUCUUUUGAGCUCUUCAACCGACUAUAACGCCGUCUUUUCUCCCGUGGAAGCUUAUGAAUUGUCAUCUGUUGAAUCGCCAUCUAUUGGAACACUAUCUCCUACACCCUCUAUAUCUGCUGAUCCGAGUACAUGA